AUGGGAAGACACAGGAAGAGGAGGUGUGGGAAGACACAGGAAGAUGAGGUAUGGGAAGACACAGGAAGAGGAGCAUGGGAAGACACAGGAAGAGGAGGUAUGGGAAAACACAGGAAGAGGAGGUAUGGGAAGACACAGGAAGAGGAGCAUGGGAAGACACAGGAAGAGGAGGUAUGGGAAGACAGGAAGAGGAGGUAUGGGAAGACACAGGAAGAGGAGGUAUGGGAAGACACAAGAAGAGGAGGUAUGGGAAGACACAAGAAGAGGAGGUAUGGGAAGACACAAGAAGAGGAGGUAUGGGAAGACACAAGAAGAGGAGGUAUGGGAAGACACAGGAAGAGGAGCAUGGGAAGACACAGGAAGAGGAGGUGUGGGAAGACACAGGAAGAGGAGGUGUGGGAAGACACAGGAAGAGGAGGUAUGGGAAGACACAGGAAGAGGAGGGAUGGGAAGACACAGGAAGAGGAGGGAUGGGAAGACACAGGAAGAGGAGGGAUGGGAAGACACAGGAAGAGGAGCAUGGGAAGACACAGGAAGAUGAGGUAUGGGAAGACACAGGAAGGGGAGGGGAAAACACAGGAGGUAUGA